UUUUUUUUUUAACAAACCUGUCUUUUGAGGAAUAAUUGAGGUGGUGGCUUUAUUUACAGUCUGGAAACAAAAAUCCUAAAAUUCCAAAAUCCAAUUCGGAUUUCCUAGACGGAAGUCCGCCUUUAGAUACACUACUAAGAUCUUUGACGUCAAGGAAACCCUCGCCGACUCCAAGUCCUUAAUAUAGGCUAUACUAACCACAGUGCAAGCCAACGGUUAAAGCACAUUACUGACACACACACACACACACACACACACACAGAUAGAGAGGGAGAGAGAGAGUAGGCGUUGUGAGGAUUAUCAUGGCAAAAAUCUGGAUCACUGAAACGCUUGAACAGUCGUGGUUGACACACGGCGAGGGAACUUUAGAGGUGUCCUGAACUCCUGCAGACCUACCUGGAGUGGAUUUUUUUUUAACUGCACAAUUUUAUAGAAUGAGGUCCUAUUCAAGACAUGCAUUACUGUGAAAGCGUAGUUCUGCCAUACUUUGUAAAUUGUUAGGAUUUCAUUUCAAUUAAUUUAGACCCCGAAAAGUUAGUUUUUCCCGACAUGACUUUGCUAGCUAAUAUGCGGCGACACAGUCUACGCAUGCAACAGCAGUUGCACCGGUGGAGUAUCUGCGUACCGGAUGGAAGUCACUUGCUGGGAGAUGGCCUAAUGGGAUGCGAAGACGACGUUACGCGUGUAGGAACAGACGAAGACGAGAAGUACAGAAAGCGCUGGAGUUCAAUAUCCACCGACUCUGGUAUCUCGUCAGAGUCAUCAAGCACUCCGGCUUUCACCGUGGUGAUGUUUGGCGACCCGGGCGUGGGAAAGACUGCUCUCGCAGGCAUUUUUGCCGGUGCGACGGACAGUCUUGAUAUUGACAGUGAGAUGUUUGUUGAAGAGGUGUGUGAGAGAACGGUACUAGUUGAUGGAGAAAGUGCUACAGUGACACUGGUGGACUCGUGCAAUUCUCUGGGAGAAGCCAGGUCUCGGGUCUCCUCUGUGGAUGCAUUCCUGUUGGUGUACUCCAUCACAGACCGUGCCUCUUUUGAGCGCGCAGCUGAGUUGCGCAUCCAGAUCCGACAGACACAUGCCCAUGCCAACACACCCAUCAUCCUUGUCGGCAACAAGUGUGACCUGGUCCGGUGCAGGGAGGUGCCCAUCAGUCAGGCGCGUGUGUGUGCCGUGGUGUUUGACUGUAAACUGGUGGAGACGUCUGCCCUCAUGCAACACAAUGUCUGGCUUCUGUUUGACGGCGUCGUCAGGCAACUGCGCCUCCAUGGAAACAGCAGCGAGGGCUCCUCCCACCGGAAGGGGAGUGUUCCGCAGCGAGCCAAACACUUCAUACACACUCUCGCCGCCAAAAGGAAUACCCGCGCAGCAUACACACUCAAGUCCAAAUCCUGUCAUGACCUGUCUGUCCUCUAGACCCUUUGGAUUUAUCGUUGUGUGUAAAUGUGUGUGUGUGUGUCUGUGUGUGUGUCUGUGUGUGUGUCUGUAUAUGUGUGUGUGUGUGAGUGUG